AUGGCUAGACCAAAGGUUUUAUUAGUUCUUUAUGCUGGUGGUAAACACGCUCAAGAGGAGAAGAAGUUGUUGGGUGCUAUUGAAAACGAAUUAGGUAUUCGUCAAUUCAUUGAAGACCACGGUUACGACUUGGUUGCAACUACAGACAAGGACAAAGCUGGCUCUGCAUUUGACAGCAAUUUGGAAGAUGCUGAGAUUGUCAUUACAACUCCUUUCUACCCAGCCUACUUGACUAAAGAAAGAAUCGCCAAGGCACCAAAAUUGAAAAUUGCUGUCACUGCUGGUGUUGGUUCUGACCAUGUUGACUUGAAUGCUGCCAAUGAAAGAGGUAUUGCAGUUUUGGAAGUCACUGGAUCCAAUGUUCAAUCAGUCGCUGAACAUGCUGUCAUGACCAUGCUUGUUUUGAUUAGA